GUGGGCGCUGCUUCAAUCAUCAGUUGCCAACCAGUACAACUUGAAAAAGUAUAGAACCAAGUUUACCAGCUAGUAGCAGUACUAAUCCAGUUACUCCACCGGCCAGGACAAUAGCAACUACUACUUGAUUUCUUUCAUGGCCUCACUAGAGCUAGCAGAAAAUGGCUCUGAUGGAUACACUCAAGAUGGUACUGUUGAUCUCAAAGGGAAACCUGUUCUUAGAUCGAAGAGAGGAGGAUGGAGAGCUUGCAGGUUUGUUGUUGUGUACGAGGUGUUCGAACGUAUGGCAUUCUAUGGAAUAUCUUCGAAUCUCUUCAUAUACUUGACCAAAAAGCUCCAUCAGGGCACAGUUACAUCAGCCAAUAAUGUCACCAAUUGGGUAGGAACCGUCUGGAUGACUCCAAUCUUGGGUGCAUAUUUUGCUGAUGCUGUUCUUGGCCGCUAUUGGACGUUGGUGAUUGCAUGUGCAAUAUAUCUCUCGGGAAUGUCUUUAUUGACACUAGCAGUUUCAGUCCCCAGACUCAGGCCACCCCACUGUGCUGAUCCAAAGGGCAUCAAUUGCCAGAAGGCUGACAAAUUGCAAUUAGGAGUAUAUUUCGGUGCCCUCUAUAUACUUGCAGUUGGAACUGGUGGCACAAAACCAAAUAUUUCAACAAUUGGUGCUGAUCAAUUUGAUGAAUUUGACCCCAAAGAAAAGCUUCACAAGCUUUCCUUCUUUAAUUGGUGGAUGUUUGGCAUAUUUCUUGGGACACUUUUUGCCAACACAGUUCUUGUUUGGAUUCAAGACAAUGUGGGAUGGACUCUCGGUUACGGCCUUCCUACGACUGGACUUGCCAUUUCUAUACUGAUAUUCUUGGCAGGCACACAAUUUUAUAGGCAUAGAAUUCCUACUGGAAGUCCCUUUACAAGAAUGGCCCAAGUCAUAAUUGCUUCCCUGAGAAAAUGGAAGGUUUCUGUUCCUAGUGACCCUAAAGAACUAUAUGAGCUUGAUCUUGAAGAGUAUGCGAAAAAUAAGAAAGUCAGGAUUGAUUCUACACCUUCAUUGAGAUUUCUAAACAAAGCUUGUGUAAAAACAACUUCCACCAAUCCGUGGAUGCUCUGUCCAGUUACCCAAGUGGAGGAAACUAAACAGAUGCUACGAAUGAUUCCCAUCCUAAUCGCUACAUUCAUUCCAAGCACAAUGAUUGCACAGAUUAACACACUUUUUGUCAAGCAAGGUACAACUCUCAACAGACGUCUUGGUGGCUUCAAUAUUCCACCAGCAAGCUUAGCGGCAUUUGUAACAUUAAGCAUGCUGAUCUCCGUCAUAUUAUAUGACCGAUACUUUGUGAAAAUCAUCAGAAGAUGGACUAAAAAUCCUAGAGGAAUUACUCUACUUCAGAGAAUGGGAAUUGGAAUGAUUCUGCAUAUUGUUAUAAUGACAGUGGCAUCACUAACUGAGAAAUACAGGCUUUCCGUGGCCAAAGAUCAUGGCCUAGUGCAAAAUGCAGGUCAAGUGCCUCGGUCCAUAUUGCUUUUGCUUCCUCAAUUCGUGCUUAUGGGAGUAGCUGAUGCAUUCCUGGAGGUAGCAAAAAUCGAGUUCUUCUAUGAUCAAGCACCAGAAAGCAUGAAAAGUCUUGGAACAUCUUAUUCCAUGACUACCUUAGGAGCUGGAAAUUUCAUCAGCAGUUUUCUUUUGUCUACAGUUUCUCGUAUCACGAAGAGGGAUGGGAACGAAUGGAUUCAAAACAACCUUAAUGCUUCUCAUCUCGACUAUUAUUAUGCAUUUUUUGCAGUAUUAAACGUCUUGAACAUUAUCUUUUUCUUGAUUAUGACCAAGCUUUAUGUAUACAAGGCAGAAAUUUCGGAUUCCAUGGUUGUGCUCAGAGAAGAACUUGGGGGAUUGAAGAGUAAGGUAACCGAUGAAGAAGCAACAACAACAUAGGUUGUUUGGAUCUGCAGUUAUCAAAGGGAUGUAUAUUGUUAUGUCUGUAAUUUAGAGAUAAUGACUAUCAUUUUUCUUUUUCAUCUCGAGAGAAAUUUUGUGCUAUCACUAUAAUUCUUCGUUUAGUAUUGCUACUCUUCUGAUCCUCAGUCCAA